UCUCGGGUCACGUGACGCGACAGGAGCGCCAUCGGCUCCUCCCUCCCCAAGAUGGCGUCCUUGCUGCAGUCGGAGCGGGUCCUCUACCUCGUCCAGGGAGAAAAGAAGGUCCGGGCCCCUCUCUCGCAGCUUUACUUCUGCCGCUAUUGCAGCGAGCUGCGGUCGCUGGAAUGUGUGUCUCACGAGGUGGACUCUCAUUAUUGCCCCAGUUGCUUAGAAAAUAUGCCAUCAGCUGAAGCUAAACUAAAAAAGAACAGAUGCGCCAACUGCUUUGACUGUCCCGGCUGCAUGCACACCCUCUCCACCCGGGCCACAAGCAUCUCCACACAGCUUCCAGAUGACCCAGCCAAGACCACCAUGAAGAAAGCCUAUUACCUGGCCUGUGGAUUUUGUCGCUGGACAUCUAGAGAUGUGGGCAUGGCGGACAAAUCUGUGGCUAGUGGUGGUUGGCAGGAACCUGAAAAUCCUCACACUCAACGGAUGAACAAACUGAUUGAAUAUUACCAGCAGCUUGCUCAGAAAGAGAAGGUUGAACGAGAUCGCAAGAAACUGGCACGACGUAGAAACUAUAUGCCUUUGGCUUUUUCGCAACAUACUAUUCAUGUAGUGGACAAAUAUGGUCUUGGAACCAGACUUCAGCGACCACGAGCUGGUGCAACCAUCAGUACCCUGGCUGGACUUUCCCUUAAAGAAGGAGAGGACCAGAAAGAGAUAAAGAUUGAGCCAGCUCAAGCUGUAGAUGAAGUGGAGCCUCUACCUGAAGACUAUUACACAAGACCAGUCAAUUUAACAGAGGUAACCACCCUUCAGCAGCGCCUCUUACAGCCUGACUUCCAGCCAGUCUGUGCUUCUCAGCUCUAUCCUCGUCACAAACACCUCCUGAUCAAACGGUCCCUGCGCUGCCGGAAAUGUGAACAUAACUUGAGCAAGCCAGAAUUUAAUCCAACAUCUAUCAAAUUUAAAAUCCAGCUGGUUGCUGUCAAUUACAUCCCAGAAGUGAGAAUCAUGUCGAUUCCCAAUCUUCGCUACAUGAAGGAGAGCCAAGUUCUCCUGACUCUUACGAAUCCAGUGGAGAACCUCACCCAUGUGACACUGCUGGAAUGCGACGAAGGGGACCCUGAUAAUGUCAACAGCACUGCUAAGGUGGUGGUGCCGCCCAAAGAGCUGGUGCUGGCCGGCAAGGACGCGGCCGCAGAGUACGACGAGCUGGCAGAGCCCCAGGACUUUCAGGAUGAUCCCGACAUUAUUGCGUUCAGGAAGGCCAACAAAGUCGGCAUUUUCAUCAAAGUGACCCCACAGCGUGAGGAGGGCGAAGUGACCGUGUGCUUUAAGAUGAAGCAUGAUUUUAAAAACCUGGCAGCGCCCAUCCGCCCCAUCGAGGAAAGUGACCAGGGCACGGAAGUCAUCUGGCUCACUCAGCACGUGGAGCUCAGCCUGGGCCCACUCCUUCCUUAAAUGUUCACUGGUGGGCAGAGCCCAACGGACAGUGUCACCACAGAUCCCUGCGAAAACACGGAAGCCGCUGCUUCAUCAGCCCUGUUUAUAACAAUGUACCCACACACUACUGAGUCCUGUCCUAGGAGGGUGGGGCAUAGGCAAGGCGUUAGGAACACAGGGCAACUGCUGUUCCUCUUACUCUGUUAACACCAGAAAGUCUGUGUCUCCCUCACCGAACCCUGCAUGUUGACUACAACAGCAUAGCUCCAUCUGAGGAAAAGAGAUGGCUGUUCCUCGGAGUGGCAUUAGAUUUACCACUUGAGAGAUUCUGACAUACCGUCGCACAGGAUCGUAAUCUCACAGAUGAACUGAAAAUGGUAACUAAAAAGUAGGCCUGUUGGCCACGAACCGACAUUGGUCUCAGUGUACCAACUGCUUUCUGCAUUCCAUUAGAUAUAACCUAGCAGUCUAACAUACUUCUCACUUGCCGUCAUGGCUACCACCGUGCCAUAGAUUUCCAUUUGACAGAAAAAUGGAAUUGUCACAUUGCCUUCAGUUCUGUGAUGAUUGGAAAGUCUUAAGCACUCUCAUUUGCUCUCUUAGUGAAUAUAGGAUACUUAUUUAUUGGUUGCUCUUUAAAAAUUUUCCCAGUAGAAUAUGGAACUUUAAAAAAAAAAAAAAGAAUUUGAGAAGAAGGCACUUACAUGUUCCAUCAAGGGGUUGGCAAAUUCUAUUCACUUUAAAUUUUGCUACAAUACCCAGGGAUUAAUACUUCACAGGGAGGCAGUCUUUAUGUGUCUCCCUACCCCUUCUCUGCUCUGCCUCUUUAAUCCAAUAGAUUGUUCUGAAUAUUUGGGACCUGGAAAGAGUCCAAAGAAAACUUGGUGGACAAGUUCACUUCUGGAAUGCACAAAACAUCAUAAAGGUUAGAUUGUAAGCAUGAUCUGAACUAAUGUUCUUUCCAUUGAUUUCAAGGGGAGAUUAAUAGUUAUAAACUCUUGAAUCCCAAACUGGAUAUUAAGAAAGAACCUUUCCCCUUCCUGAGUUUGACUUUCAUCACAUGAUAAGUCAAAUAAGACUAUUUGGAUUGUAAAAUAGCUCAGCAAGCAGCCCAGAACACUUGCCUAACAGCACACAUUCUGUUUCCGUUCUGUAUCCUGGAGUUGGGUUGUUAACCCGAAUUUCUGUGGUGUUUUCUACGAUGAAACUUGAGACAGUAAACCACGAGCUGUACCACAUUUUCUGUAAAUGCAUUGUUAGCAAAUGGCCAGCAGACCUUUGGUAAAAAGUGAAAUUUUCUGUUUACCUUGGUUUUAUUUUCAGUUCAAGCCUUUAGUUUAGCAGAAAAGGAUGAGAUAUAGAAAUCAAUGAUAUGGACAAGACCAAGUGUCCUGCCAGCUCCCUGGACAAUAACUAUAUUUAGGAAGCCUUAAAAGACACUAAGUGGUACUUUUAAGGUCAAGCCAAUUUUACGAAACAAUAUUCCACAGAGUAAUAUACUAGUAUAUGCUACAGU